AGGCUCGAAAAUUGUCGCGAUAGCGGAACGAUUAGGAACCUUGCCCACAUCGGAGUUGUGACUCCGGGGCUCCGGAACUAUGUAACCUAAUCCAUAAUCCGUACAUAUCUCAUAAAAAAUACUCAGGUCCAUGCCCCCCUGCAGUGUCACAGGGAUUUGGCAUAACGCCACAUUAUUUCACUAGCCACAGUACAGAUUACAGGGGAAGCUAGAAGCCCUGGGCGGGAGUUACGUAGGUAGAUGGGACUUAAUCUAAGCUUUCGCAGCCACGUCGGUGAAGACAGAUUCAUUUUUGGCGAUCCAUUAACUUUGAAUUCCAUCAUCGUCGUGAAGAAACGAUUCGAACACGUCUCACAGCUUCUUAUGUCACAUCCACUCCAACUGUUUUCCCUCUCUAUCAACUCUUUCAUCCUUUGUACCUCUUAACCUACACUACAGUAGCUUUCUUAUUUUCUUUUUUCAAAUUUUCUUUUUCAACGGAGUUACUUUUGUCUCCAAACCCACACGGCUUCGAACCGAUUACUCCCAUCCGAGAACUACUUCGAGCAUCGGACCGCAAAACAUGUCGCAAUACUACGGCGCACCCCCUCCAAAUCAGUUCGGCGGUGCGGCGGCCGCGCAAAACCUUCAGUUCUACCCUUCGUCGUAUUCACCCGGUAUACCAGCCCAGGGAGCCCCGGCGCAACCAUACGGCUAUGGCGCGCCAACGCCUAACCCUGGUGGAUACGGCUUCGGUGCUGCGCCUGGCGUAAGUGGGAGGAUGGGUGAACAAGGUGGCCUGCGGACGGGCUGGCUCGCCGCUUUUUCUACGGAAGGAUAUGAUGGGGAACCGCCGUUGCUAGAAGAGCUAGGGAUCAACUUCGACCACAUUUGGAUGAAGACUUUAGCAGUUCUCAACCCCUUCGGACGUAUAGAUCAACACAUCAUGGACGAUUCCGACCUCGGCGGCCCUAUCCUCUUCUUCUUCUUAUUCGGCACAUUCCUAUUAUUUAGUGGCAAGGUACACUUCGGGUAUAUCUACGGAUUGGCACUCAUGGGAUCGGUUGCGCUACACACGAUCCUAUCACUUAUGUCUCCCGACGGUACCAGUCCCACGACACCUACUCAGCCUGCAUAUUCUUCCGCUCCUGCUUACCCCGGCGAUCCAAACGUAGGCGGUAGAGACGAUUCUAAGGGGCACAUCAGUAGUAACCUAACAUUUGCAAGGAGCGCGAGCGUGCUUGGGUACUGUUUGCUACCGCUAGUCAUAACCAGUCUAAUAGGCAUUGUCAUACCGAUGGACGGACCGCUCGGCUACAUCCUAACCAGUGCGGCAAUUGUUUGGUGCACAACAAGUGCGAGUGGCAUGUUUUGCGCAGUUGGACGGAUGAUGCAAAUGAGGGCCUUGGUAGCAUACCCGUUGAUGUUAUUCUACGUUGGCUUUGGUAUUAUGAGCAUCUUCAGCAGCCGAGGAUCCGGUACCUUGGGCAAGGCGGCAGGCGUGUCGUGA